GACAUGAAAAAAUGUGUAAAUGAUGAAGUUGCUGAAUUUCUAAAGUUUCUUCAGAAUGCUGCAAAAAGUUGCAGUCAGGAUUAUGAUAUACUCUCAGAUGAAGCACUUCUAUUCACAAAGCAAUUUUUAAGUGCUUCAAUUGAACAAGUAAAAAAGUAUCCUGAAAUCUACUCACUCCAUGAAAUCACUAGCUUAAUGGGAUUCCUCCCAACUAGAACAGAGAUGGGAUUAAAAUUAGAGAAAACUGUCCUUGCAUUGGGUAAUGUAAAGUUUGCAAAAUUAUCAUUUCCUUUGAUGCCUGCUGAGUUGCAGCUCUCCAUAGAUUAUAAAUCUACAUCAACUAUUGAUACACCAGAGCAAAAAGCUGCUGCAAUACAUUAUGAUAUUAGUACAGAUCCAAAUGCUGAAAAACUUGUGUUGAGAUAUCAUCCUCAGAUAGCUCUCACCAGUCGAUCCUUAUUUACCUUGUUGAAUAAUCAUGCACCUAAUUAUAAGGAACAAUGGGAAAUUCCAGUGUGUGUGAAGAUCAUUCCAAUUACAGGUUCCAAGCCAAUGAAAAUAAUUUAUAUUGACUCACCUCUUCCCAAGAAAGAAAUGACAGUAAGAGAGAGAAAUCAAAUUUUUCAUGAAGUACCUUUGGACCUUUUGACAACCAAAACUUCAGCUAUUCCUGUCUCUGCUGUAUUUAUGGACAAACCAGAGGAGAAUAUAUUUCAGUGGGAUGUGCCUUCUGAUAUUAAGCAGUGCCGAAGAAUUGAGACUUUUGAUGAUUUAGAUCUGAGUUUUGAUGAAGAUGUUACAGAAUUAGAAACUUUUGGAGUAACAGCUAACACACCAUUAAAAACUUUGAACACAUCAAGCCUUUCCACGUCAUCUACUGUAACCAACCUUAGCACAACAUCAAGCACAGCAACCGUUCCCUCUAAUCCUAUAAGUUUAUCAAAGAUUCUGAUGGAACAAUUGAAAAAAGAGAAAGAAUUGGUGACCAGUGUAAACAGUGGGCCAGAAGAGCAGAAAAUUAAAGAUAAUCAGGAACUUUCAUUAUGUGACAGUGUUCUAGAUGCUAAAAAAGCACAGUUGUGUUUGUCUGGUAAUGAAUCAAAGCAAUCUGAAUGUGAUUCUUCCUCAUCCAAAGACUUUGAAAAAGAAAAAAGUGAAUUAAGUGAAGAAAAUGAUACAACUUCAGAUGAAGAAUGUGGUGCUAAUAAACUAAAGGUGCUAGAGAAAACAAAUACUUUUAAAGAAAAAAUUGAUUUAUCAGAAGCAAGUAACAUUCAAAGUGCUUCUUGUAAUAGUGAUACAGAUGAAGAACGUUUAAUUAUUGACAUAGAAUGUAAAAAUCAUGAUAAUACCAAGCAAGAGAUUCCUGUCCUUAAUUCAAGUCCUGUGCUAGAUACUCUAAGAUCUCCUGUGCCCAUUCAGAUUUCUUCUGAAAACAUAGCUGAUGCUCCUUGUAGUCACGAACAGAAAAAAUGUGCUACAAAAAAGUCUGGUAAAAGAUUAUAUAAGAAAUUCGAUCCAGUUGGACAGAUUUUAAAAAUGCAAAAUGAACUCUUAAAACCAACUUCAAAGAAAGUCCCUGAGCAAGCCUUUCUGAAUUUGGAAAAUUCUAAACCCCAACCAAUAGUCCUUGCUCCUGAACAACCAGGCACUUCUACUGAUACACUUAAGUCUAAAUGUUCUUUAUUUCAGAAACCAAAAGGACGAUUGCUACCACACAGCCUUCAGAUGUUUGUUGAAAACAAAUCAGAAUACUUAACACCUCAAGAAGGAAAUCUUGUUUAUAAGUUAUUCAACUUUCAAGAUCUCCUAUUACUUGUACGUUGUGGUAUCCAGAAAGUAGAGACAAGGCCACGUUCCAAAAAACGGAAAAACGUUAGAAGGCAAUCUCCAGUUUACAUAUUGCCAAAAUUGGAGUAUCAAGCCUGUUAUGGUGUUGAAGCUCUUACUGAAAGUGAACUUUGUCGCUUAUGGACUGAAAGUUUGUUACAUUCUAACUGCUUGUUUUAUAUUGGACAUAUUGAUGCAUUUACAUCAAAACUUUUUAUGCUUGAAGAAAUUCCCAUGGAUGUACUCAAAGAGAAGUUUGCAACACUCAAUACUCCAAAUGCAUUUAAUGUUCUCCAGCAUAUUCUGAAGAAAAUAAGUAGUUUGCAGGAGGGCUCCUACUUGCUGAGUCAUGCAGCAGAAGAUUCUUCACUUUUGAUCUACAAAAACUCUGAUGAAAAAUUUUCCAGAACAGCCUAUAAUUUGCAUAAAGCUCAUUGCACUUUACCCACUAUACCAUCUAGUCUUUCUGUUCCUUGGGUCCCAUUAGAUCCCACGGUCUUGUUACCUUAUCAUAUUCAUCAUGGAAGAAUACCUUGUACUUUUCCACCUAAAUCUCAAGGCUCUACAAAGCUGCAAAAGGUUGGUGGAGCACGAGUGUCUGUUCCUGGGCACAGGAAUCCAAUAACUGCAGAAACAAAGAAUAGUAGCCUGCCUGCUCAGCAAGCUGAAAACGAAGGUGUGGUUCCAAAGAAAAGGAAGCAAAAUAGCCAUAAAAAAUCAAUAUAAUAGAAAAUGGCAAUUUAGAAAGGACAGUCAUAGCAAAAUAAAAUAUUUCAGGGGGAAAGAUAUCCAAGAGAUAUUUAUUCUGGCAGAUUCAGCAGGAAUUCAUGCCAAAAGGCAUCUGAUUUUUUUUUUAAGUCACUAAAUUUAUAAACCUAAGAGGACCUUUUCGUUCUAUAGAUAUUAUUCAAAGUGCUUUGACAAAAAUAAUCUUGAUCGUGUCAAUAAAUAAAUAAAAUAAGAUGGAAUUUUGUUCUCAUCACCUUUGCAGCUGGGAAUGUUUUUCAUCUUUACCAUCUUAAGAUAAUAAAGUUAAAUCAGAGAAAAUAAUCAGGUUUUAGCAGGGGAUCUUGCUAAAGAAUUUGUAGUCAAAGGAAAACAUUGGCUUUCCUCAAUAUUUAACAUCACUUGCAAUAGUCACAUAAAGCAGAAGACGACCUGGAUUUCCAGUCAGAUCUGAGUGUGAAUUCCAGCUGUCUUCCCUAUUACUUUUCUGACUGCUAGCAAAUCACUUUGCUGUUCUCUUUUAUAAAAUGGUAGAAUUGUAUUUUUCUCUCAAGAUCCUUUAAAGUUCUAAAACCAAUAAAUUUAGGAUUGUUAUGAAGUAUUUUGUUGAACAUCUCUAAAUUUUACCUAUCCUUGGUAGGAUAAUCUUGCCUUUCUGAAAAAUGUCUUUUACCACAACUUGUGUCAGACUGGCAUGUGGAACUUGAUGUACAAUUUUGUUAGAUCAUUUUUGUUGUUAUUGGGCAUUUUUUUUUUUUGCAGAGUAGUUAUUUCAGAUAAAUCUUUUUUUUUCCCAUAUAUAUCAGUAUUUGAUCACCAGUAGUGUAAACACUUGGUAAAGUUUCAGUGCUAAAGUCAAUAUAGUACACCCUUCUUCUGUACACAUUUUCUGGCAAUGUAACCUUAAGUUUGAAAAAGGAAUGAGACAUUUUUGGGUUUGACAGUUUGGAUGGCUUUAAAAAUUCAGUUAUGUUUUGGUCUUAAUCCCCUCUGAGAAAUGAUAUAUGUUAGUGAUUUCAAAGACAUGUUUUGUUCAUGUGUUACUUGUAAAGUUCAAAACUGUUGAGGGGUUUGUUGUUGAUUGCAAUCAUUUGUUGUGAUAUUGAUUAUUGAUUAUUAGUUGUCACUUUUUUAAGGUGUGAAUUUAAAACAGUUCAACAAAUAAGACCAAAUUACACUCCAUAUAAAACACCUUCACAUUUUUUUUAUUUCUGUUAUCUAAUGUAUAUUAAAGUCAUCUUCCAGAGCACUUUUGUGUCAUUUGUAAGAUAAAAAGUUUUGUAUUAUAAUAUGUUCAUAUUGUAUAUUUUACAACACAUUAAAAAAAUUCAGUAAUCUUA